UCCUUGUUUGAAUUCUUCAGUCUUCAUUCGCCUCAUCUUGCAUGCAAACCGCUUCCUGCCAAUUGCCUCCUCGCUCGCUCGCUACCUGCUAUUCUUUCAUCGCCUUUCUGUCUCCAGCAUCUGGAUUAGAGAUUCUUAGAGAGUCAGAUAGAGAGAUAUGACAAUUGACGUGCGUUUGGGGAUCGUGCUGCUUUUGUUCUCAUUUUUACAUCCUGGUCCUGGUUUUAUGAAGGUUUCUGAGGCCGAGACUCGAUUCUGUCAAAAGUUUGUCAGAUCCCGAGGCUACACCUGUAAAGAGUAUGAGAUCAAGUCAGCCGACGGGUAUGGCCUUCUCCUUCAAAGGGUCAGAGCGAUCUCCAAUGCCAGCCUGGCUCACAUUCGUGGUCCUAGCGUUGUCGUGGAGCAUUUCGAUCAGUCGGCUCAAGCUCCUACUGCGGCCUCGAGCACUGCGGAAUUGGGCGUCAGCAACAGUAGAAAUAUCAGUGCUCAUGCUUCCAUCGGCGAUCUUCCUUUCUCGCCUCCAGUUGCACAAGAGCAAAUUUCGGAACCACAAGCUGCACCCCGAAGCCCAGCUGUUCCCGCGUCUGAAGCCUUGAGGACUCCACGUGCAUAUGAGUCCACAACAUUCCCUGGAAGUGCAACUAUCGCGCAAGCAGAAUCGCCGAAUCCUAAACCUCCGAUCAGCGUGAUUCCUACUCCGUCGGUGCCCGCAUGGUCCUCAGAUAGUGACCACUCGCCAGCUACUCCACCACAAUCUAUCGACAAAGAUACAGUGUCUGCUCCGGGUCAUGGACCAGCCGAUUCUGACGAAUCCAGGGGCCCAAGUCCGGUGUUUUCGCCACCAGUACCACAGAGCGUACCACUUCGUCGGAAAGUCCCACCUCACGAAGUACCUUUGCAACCGAGUCCUCUGCCUCUCGGGAGGGUGGUCAGCAACUCCAGUGCUGUGAGAAAGCACGAAGGCAAUGCAGUUCUCCUCAUGCAUGCAGGAAUGCUCAAUGGGGACAGCUGGUUCAUCAAGGUGCAUGAAGAUGGAGCUCUGCUUCCGUUUGUUUUAGCUGAUGAUGGAUUCGACGUAUGGAUUGCCCACGAGCGGGCAACGUACUGGAGCCAUGGCCAUUCGCAUCUGAAGUCAAAGGACCCAGCAUAUUGGAACUGGACGUGGGACCAGCAUGUACAGUAUGAUGUUCCGCGAAUGCUGCAAUUCGUAAACUCCAAGACCCGCAGCAAAGUUCAUUACAUCGGUGUGUCUCAGAGUGCAACAGUCGGAGCUGCUGCUGCAACAAUGCCGCAAUCGACCAGUUUUCUGCAAAGUCUGACGCUGAUUGGACCUACGAUCUACCGAGGAGGCACACCGUCCCUUCGGAUGCGCGCUUGGGCCGGAUUUUUAGGAACUCUCAUGGAUGGGUCAGCGAAUGGUUCACGUGUAGGACCCUUUAACUUCUUUCGAGAAUUUCGAAUGCAAUCACUGCCGCUGAAAGCGGGACCUAUUUCUGCGUUCCUCACCUCAAUAUCUGGUGCUGAUUGCUGCCUGAACGAGGCAACCGUUCUGGUGGACAAUGGUUGGGAUGGAAGAACGUCGUUCAAGAACCUCCGACACUUCGUGCAAGGACUUGUGAGGAACACCUUCCAGCAGUUUGACUACGGGUCUGCUCGUCGAAAUGUGGAGGCUUAUGGUGGCAGGAUGGCUCCGCCGCCGUAUGAGCCCGCCAGGAUACCAUCCCACGUACCAGUGUGCAUUGUCUAUGGAGGUCAAGACUUGUACGCCACGCCCAGUGGGGUGAUGGACUUUGCGGAUCAGCUGGUUCGAAGACCGACCAUGGUGUUCCUGCCUUUCUACGCUCAUUUGGAUCUGUUCUUCAGUACGAGACGAGCCUCUGAUGUGUUCACACCCAUCCAAUCGUUUCUGGCGCACCAUCCGUUCACCGCGGCUGGACCUGACAUUCCACCUCCCGAGACAAUGAUUCCAGUGUCUGUGCCACGGACGACUGGACUAUCAGAGCCAGAUCCUGCCAAGGUGCCCGUUCCUAGAGUUGAUUUACCAUUUGCCCCGUGACAAACGAUCCGAUUUAUUCCUACACCUCCUUGCAGUCCCCAUUUUCAGUACCUGCGAUCCGUCGACGAGUCUCACCACUUCCACUACCCGACGUCAUUUUCUCGAUUUUAUCGACCGACCCACGAAGUUCUCGAUCGAUGAUUCAUCUCGACGCCAUGAGGAGCGCGGUCUGACGGGCUGCCUCUCUGCCAUUUUGCCGUGUCUGCCCUCUGUCAGUACCUUGCAGUCACAAUCUUUACGUUGUCCUCUCCUGAGGAAACUAUGCUCCCUAUCUGGACUGCGGUCCGCAGUCAAGUUUGUCCGCACAAUCUUACGUGGUCACACGUGGACGUAGUUCUCAUCCUCGGAGCGCUUCUCGGGCCCAGUCUGAAGCUUUCAUGGACGCAGCCGAUCGUUUCGAAUAUGUGCGUCGGCAGAAUUAAUCUCAGUUCUGAGUUGAUGUAGGCAUCUUACUAGACCUGUAUGCUAUCCAAUGAAGGUAGAUGCCUGCCUGCGGACUACUUUCUCCUGUAUUCUCCUGUAUUCUGCAUUCGAGAUUAUUCGAAGUUUUGAGAUAUAGUUCACAUCUGUAAUUUUAUCUAUGUAGUUUCCAUAAGCGGUG